AUGUCCUUCAAGACGACGGAGCAACCAGGCAUUGAUGAUCACAAGAUCCAAGACCCUGAUGUUGACGCCUUCCAGCCACAGCAGGGUGUUAUCGAAAAACCCGCGGAUGACCGAAAGGGUGAGGCGAUGAAGGAUGGAAUGACAUGCAUAGGCCUCGACCGGCGCAACGGCGACGACGUGAGGCGCGAUUCAUAUGGUCUUUAUGAUGCCCACACCGGGGUGGACGUCUCGGAGUCGGAUGUUUAUCCUUAC